AUGUUGGUUCUCAACACGAGAGACGACAGGCACCACCGCCUCCUCCUGGGAGACCUGGCCCUCCGCCGCCAAACGCGCCAGGUCCUCCUCCUCCAGGGCCGCCGCCGCCUCCUCCCCUUUCACCUGGACCACCACCGCCGCCCCCGGAUGGAGGGCCACCGCCGCCUCCCCCGGAUGCCCCUCCUCCACCUCCAGGUACUCCACGAACUCCACGACCUCCUGGAACCCCUCCUCCUCCACCUCCUGAAGGGCCACCUCCUCCACCACCUCCCCCUGAAGGACCGCCGCCGCCGCCGCCUCCUCCUCCUCCGGGACCUCCAGGACCUCCCGGGCCUCCAGGGCCCCCUGGGCCACCUGGACCGCCGCCUCCCCCGCCGCCGCCUCCUCCUGGUCCACCCGGUCCCCCUGGGCCUCCAGGACCGCCUGGUCCUCCACCACCCCCUCCUCCGCCGCCACCUCCUCCUCCACCACCGCCGCCGCCAGUCACUGUUACGAUGA